AUGACGGCAGCUCAAGAAGGAACAGCUUUGAAACCUGCGCCAGCAGUCAGACCAGGCUACCAGGAAAGAGAAAAAGAAGUGAAAACCAGUUUUCAUUGCCUCCUGAACCAAAGUGGGAGAGAGGAAGAGAAGGCCACGGGAGAUGAGGAAACUGAGGCUCAUAGAAACACAGAGCAAGUGGAGGACCGGGAUAAUGGUGGGAGAGUCAGCAGCCAGUCUGAGAUGGAAGAAACAGAUACAUUACAAUUGUGGGAAAUAUCUAUUAGUUGGUAUUUAUCAAUAUUUUGUUGGAAGGGCUGA